UCAUUUUCUCCGUGCACUUCGAGAGCGCUGUAUCGUGGUUUCAUCCGCAAAUAGCAUCGACUGUACGAAAGAAAAAUGCCCCCUAAAGCGAGUGGCAAAGCCGUGAAGAAGGCCGGUAAGGCCCAAAAGAAUAUUAGCAAGACCGACAAGAAGAAGAAGCGCAAGAGGAAGGAGAGCUACGCCAUUUACAUCUACAAAGUACUGAAACAAGUACAUCCAGACACCGGAAUCUCCAGCAAAGCCAUGAGCAUCAUGAACAGCUUUGUGAACGAUGUGUUCGAGAGAAUCGCCGCGGAAGCGUCGAGACUUGCGCAUUACAACAAGCGCUCUACGAUCACCUCUCGGGAGAUACAGACGGCUGUGAGGCUCCUGUUGCCCGGCGAAUUGGCGAAGCACGCGGUCAGCGAAGGCACGAAAGCGGUGACCAAGUACACUAGUUCCAAGUAAAUUGGAAUUGGCUAUGACGAUAAAAACGGCCCUUUUCAGGGCCAACAAAAAA